UAUCAAAACAACCAAAAAAGAAAUCUUUCCCAUUUCUUGUAUCAAUUCUUGUUGAAUUCAUCGCUCACAGCAUAUGUCACCAUCCUCAAAAUUUAAUAAACUUCCUCUUUAUUUUCUUUAUUUAAAAUCUUUGUUUGAAUCAUUCUCUCCUUUUUUUUUUUUUGUUCCAUUUUCUUAUUUGUUGAUUACAUUUAAUGGAGGGGUAGGUGUUAUAUUGGUCGGAGCAUCACUUGCCUUGUGGAUCAGUUAGGCUAUUUGCUUACGUAAAUUGAACCCUUGAAAUAUUUGAUUACUGGGUUUCCUAUUUUGCUUUGAUUCCCUCAAUCUUCUAUCUAAAUCUAAAUCAUGUCAAUCUUAAGCAAAAAUAAUAGCAGCAACAACAUGGGCACGCCUUCCUUCCAUGAGUUCAAGAAGCAAGCUUCUUUCUUCCUCAAGGAGAAGAUCAAGAGUGCUAGAUUGGCUCUCACAGAUGUCACACCUGCAGAAUUGCUGACUGAAGAAGCUACAAAUGGGAAUCCAUGGGCGCCUGAUACACGUACCCUUGGAUCUAUUUCAAGGGCUGCUUUUGAAGUUGAUGAUUAUUGGAGAAUUGUGGAGAUUCUGCACAAGAGGUUUUUGAGAUUUGAAAGAAAAAAGUGGAGAAUUUCUUACAAUUCUCUCGUUGUGCUUGAACACUUGUUGACUCAUGGGCCUGAGAGUGUGGCAGGGGAAUUUCAGACUGAUAAAGAUGUUAUCAGGGAGAUGGAAAGCUUUCAAUAUAUAGAUGAGAAGGGAUUCAACUGGGGGCUUGCUGUUAGAAAGAAAUCAGAAAGAAUAGUGAACCUGCUUGAGAAAGAACCUCUUCUUAAAGAAGAGAGGGAGAGGGCUAGGAAGCUGACUAGAGGAAUACAAGGAUUUGGUAGCUUCUGCCACAGGUCUUCUUCAGCACAAGGAAUUCUACGGGAACCAUCACAUGAAACAUUUGCAAGAAGCAAUUCACAGUUUAACCAGCAUGAUUCUAGUGAAAAUCAGCCCUUGUUCUCAAAUGGAGAAAAUUUGAUAAAAAAAGAUGAAACGUCCAAGAUGAGCUCUGAGGAUGCAACUUCUGAGUUGGGCAACAGAAGUCAGAAUUUGAAUUCUGCUGAUAAUUUGAGCAAAAACUUGAUGCUUGAGAAGGCUGAAACAAGUUUCAAAGAGAACAUGGCUCCUAACAAGGAAGAGUUACAUGGAUGGAAUCUCAUAGGGGAGAAUAAUCUACUCUUGGAUGGCAGAAGAGAUGAACCAAAGAUCAUAGAAGAAGAUCAUCCUUUUAGUGUUACCGAGAAGGAAACUAGUGCUUCCCUUCUUUCAGCAAGAGAAGGAAUCCUACAAGGAGUAUAGAAUUUUCACUGAAGCAGAUGCUGCGUCUGCAAAAUUCUCAAUAGUAUGUUAUCAGUUGCCAAGAUUUGUUGUUCUUAUCAUCAUGUGUUGCAGGAUUGAUAAUAUUUGUCCUCCACAGAAGAAUCAGGUAGCAUUUGAGUCAUGCUGUGCUAAUGUAUACCAUAUGUUUGUUUAGCACUAUAUCAAUCUCCCAUCAAAACUUUUAUGAUUGAGAAA